UCAAGGUGAUUAUCAAUCUUCACCAUCAACAUCAACAGUAGAUAGUAUACCUUCUUCUCCAGUAAAUGUGAAUCUUAAACAAUCCAAGAUUACAAAUGUGUUUAAGAAGGUGGAUAAAAAAACAAGUGAACGUUAUACCAAUGCAAUAGCAUAUUGGAUAGCUACAGACAUGCAACCAUAUUGCUCAGUAUCAAAAAAAGGUUUUAAGCAUCUGAUGUCGGUAAUAUGCCCAGGAUAUGAAGUACCUAGUCGUCAAGUUUUUACAGAAAAUAAAAUACCUGCUUUAUACUAUGAAGUUAAAUGUAGAAUAAUGCAGCAAUUAAGUUCAGUUCAAUAUUUGGCUCUAACAUUUGAUUGUUGGACUUCGAACGCACAACAUCCAUAUAUAGGAAUAACAGUGCAUUAUAUUGAUAAUGACUGGAUUUUGCAAACAAAUUGUUUAACAUGCACCAGUUUAGAUGUAGACCAUACAUCUUUUAAUUUACGCGAUAUUAUUGAAUCAACACUAGUUGAUUGGGGUAUUCAAAUAUCAAACAUUUCUGGUGCAACCACAGAUAACGGAACAAAUGUGAUGAAAGCUGUUGAACUAUUGGGAAUCAAUGGUAUUAAUUGUUUUGGUCAUACGAUUAACAAUGGUAUUACGUCUUCGAUGUCAUUAAGCCCUGUUCAAAUACUAUUAUCUAAAAUUUCUAAACUGAGAUUUAAGUUUCAUUACAGCUCUAAACUGCGCAGAUUACUUAAAGAAGCACAACAAAAACAUGGCCUGCCUCAAAUUGUUAUGCCUGCAUCUUGUGUGACAAGAUGGUGGACAAGCUUGCCAGCACUUCAAUUCAUAAGAGAUCAACAAGAAGCUCUUUUUGAUGUUUUAUAUAAAUUAAAAUCUAAUAACAUUAGGAGAACAUAUGAGUUCAGAACAAGUUGUGACAGCUUCUUCAAUAUGGCCCAUUUAUUUAAAGCUUAA